UUCUUAUUAUUCUUCUUCUUCUUCUUCUUCUUGUUCGCAGGGGGAGCUGACUUGAUGCGCAUAAUAAAUAAUCUCUGCAAGAUUCCCUCCAAGCCCAAAUUCAGACCUAUACGCGUGUUGGAUUUGAGAGCGCAAACACAGGCGAGAGUCGAGCCUCUUAACUGGGGAUGUUUCAAAUGUGAUUCAGCACGGCAAACAACGCUUUCCAUGGAGGAUCAAUCUGUCGCUUUUUCCGUGAGGGCUGAAUUUGGUUCCUGCUGGUCUCAAGAAAUUUCAAGAUAAGAGGUCAAGCUCCCCUCUCUCGGAGAACACGAGUGCCAUUUCAAAGCUUAUUGGAUGAAAGUCUCAUUUGCCCUUGGCUGCCAAAGAUGACGUUGCCAUGGAAACAGCUUCUACUGUUAUCAAUCAUCGACUGUCUGGCAGAUUGUUUGGACAGUGGAUCGUACCAUGGUCCAAGAUGGAGGAUGGAGCCAGGUGACUUGUUCAUUCCUGUGGACUCCAUAGAAGAAGAAGCCACUCUGACCUGUGAUGCUCAGGGAACGCCAUCUCCUCAGUACAGAUGGUCAUUGAAUGGGACUCUCAUAAAUCUGGGCCUGGAUCGCCGGCGGCGUCUGUCUGGGGGCAACCUCAUUAUAAGCAGUCUGGACCGCUACCAGGAUGUAGGAAUGUACCAGUGCAUGGCGUUCAACACUGUAGGAGCGAUUCUCAGCAGGAGAGCCAGUCUGCAGUUUGCCUACUUAGAUCAUUUCAAAGUCCACACCAGAAGCGCAGUGUCAGUCCGUGAGGGACAAGGAGUGGUGUUACUUUGUGGAACGUCCACUUCCUCAGGAGACCUUACAUAUGCAUGGGUCUUCAAUGAGUACCCUUACUUUGUUCAACAAGACAAUCGGCGUUUCGUCUCCCAGCAGACGGGAAAUCUUUACAUCGCCAAGGUGGACCCCUCAGACGUGGGCAACUACACUUGUGUGGUGAUGAACAGCAUCACAAAGGGCAAGAUUCAGAGCUCACCUACAUCUCUGAUCCUCAGGACAGAUGGAGUGAUGGGCGAAUACGAGCCGAAAAUAGAAGUUAAUUUCCCAGACAAUGUACCCGCAGCAAAAGGAUCAACAAUUACGCUGGAAUGUUUCGCCCUUGGGAACCCUGUCCCAGAAAUCACCUGGAAGAGAGCUAACGGCGUUCCCUUCCCCAGCAAAGUCAAAAUGAAGUACUCUAAUGCCGUGCUGGAGAUACCCAGCUUCCAGCAGGAUGAUACGGGAGGAUACGAGUGUGUAGCUGAGAACAAGAUGGGCAAGAACAUAGCCACCGGUCGGCUGGCCUUCUAUGCCAAGCCUCAGUGGAUCCAGGCCACGAAGGACACGGCCCUGGCCAUAGAGGAGAGACUUUACUGGGACUGCCGAGCCAAUGGCAAGCCCAAGCCCGCCUACACGUGGCUGAAGAACGGCCAACAGCUUCUCUCUGAGGACAGAAUCCAUGUGGAGAACGGAGUCCUGUCAGUGUCCGCGCUGACGCUAUCUGAUGCCGGCAUGUACCAGUGUGUGGCUGAGAAUAAACAUGGCGUCAUAUAUUUCUCUGCUGAACUAAUGGUUUUAGCCUCUCCGCCAGACUUCACAGGAAACGUCCUCAGAGCUUUGCUCAAAGCCAAGGCAGGAACUACAGUGACUUUAGAGUGUAAACCCCAGGCCUAUCCCAUCGCCAGCAUCUUAUGGAAGAAAGGAAACCUCCCUAUCCACACCAACGACAGGAUCACACUCUCCCCAGAUGGAACAUUGAGGCUUGCCAACGUGAGCAAGUCUGAUGCAGGCAGCUAUACGUGCUUCGCGAGGAAUAGAUUUGGCAUGUCAAGUACAACAGGACGGCUCCUCGUUACCGAUCCAACCAGAAUCACCCAGGGGCCCGUGGACAUGGAGAUCAUAGUGGGCGAGAGCAUCGUGUUACCCUGUCAAGUCUCCAGUGACCCCGUCCUUGAUGUUUCUUUCUCCUGGGCCUUCAACGGACAGCUGAUAGCCAAGGGAGACGGUCACUUUGAGCUAGUGGGUGGGAGAACAGCAGGGGAUCUGAUGAUCAGGAACAUUCAGCUUUACCAUGCCGGAAAAUAUAUCUGUGUGGUGGACACGGACGUGGAGAGCCUGUCAGCCGUGGCUGUAUUGAUUGUCAAAGGCUCCCCCACCCCCCCAGACUCGGUGACGGUGGUGGAGGUGACAGACAGUACAGCCCAGCUGGCCUGGAGUCCCGGCAGAGACAAUGGCAGCCCCAUCACCAAUUACCUCAUCCAGACCAGGACUCCCUUCACCGUGGGAUGGCAAAGGGUUAACACAGUCCCAGAGAUGAUCGAUGGAAGCACACUGACAGCCACUGUAGUGGACCUUAACGCCUGGGUGGAGUAUGAGUUUCGUGUUUUGGCCAAAAACAGUGUUGGGGUCGGAGAACCCAGCCCUGUGUCGGUCAAGACCAGGACAGAGGACGCAGUUCCUGACGCAGCGCCAGGUGACGUGGGUGGAGGAGGUGGGAGCAGAUCAGAACUGGUCAUCACAUGGGAGCCUGUCCCCGAAGAACUACAGAAUGGUGAGAGCUUUGGUUACAUCAUUGCUUUCCGUGCCUUUGGAGAAGUUAGCUGGACCCACGUGGCCACCUCGGCCCCCGGUGCCUCGCGCUACGUGUACCGCAACGAGAGCAUCGCGCCCUUCUCUCCAUUUCAUGUCAAGGUUGGCACAUACAACAGCAAAGGGCAGGGUCCCUUCAGCGCCGUGGUCACCAUCUACUCUGCAGAGAUAGAGCCGAGCGGGGUGCCAGCAGGAGUUUGGGCCAGAAGUGUCUCCGCCUCUGAGAUUGAGGUGAAUUGGCAAGCUCUCUCCUUCACCCCUGAAAGGGUUCUGGGCUAUGAGGUGGCAUACUGGGAAGAUGACACCAAACCAGAGACCAUGGGGAAGGUCAGGGUGCCUUGGAACCAAACCUCGGUCAUAGUGAGCGGCUUGGCAGGAAUCACGCAGUAUUUCCUCACAGUCAGCGCCUUCAACACAGCCGGCACCGGCCCCUUCCUACCAGCAAUCAAUGUCACCACAAAAAAGCCACCACCCGCCCUACCACCGCUGAAUGUGGAAUGGACUCUAAUCGGCUCUCAGCUGUCUCUUUACUGGGAACCUGUGGUGGCAAUGGAGUCAGAGUCAGAAGUUACAGGCUACCAACUGUCAUACAGGAGGCAGAGGCUCAAAGAGGUAUACACCCUCACUACAGCCAAUUCAACAGCAGAGCUGACCCUCCCCGAGGAAGAUGACGACUACAUCAUCCACAUUCAGACGCUGAGUGAAGGAGGGCUGGGCCCGGCCUCUGACCCAAUACGAAUCCACCAACUAAGUAUGAGUGCCCGCGGCUCGAGAGCCUGGAGUGCGGAUACCUCCCCCCUCUCCCUGCUUCUGGCCAUUGCAAUAUCAACCUUCAGGUCAACGUCGUGACACAAUGACAAACUCCGCUUUGUUUUUUCAACCUUCUUAAUGGUUUUAUUUUUUCUUGAAUUUGUGAAAGUUGCUGAGGUUUAUUUUCUCUCUUAUUUUUGGAGGUGACCACAUACUAUUUUGCAGUGUAUAGUAUGAGGCAGCACAAGAGUGGAGCAUGCUGUCAGGCACUUAUUAACAGUAAAUUAGCUUCUUUUUUUUUAAAAACAAUGCUCCAUUUCAACACUUUUUUUUCUCGACUAGAUUGAUACAGAUGCCUUACCAUGUACCAAGAUCCAUGUGCCAAAGUAGUUUCAGCCUUCUUGUUGUUGCUAAGAUAGCUACAUGCUUUCCUCAACAUUUUAUCCCUCACAGAUUCUUAUUGUUGAAGGUCUUAGUGUACCUUGCGGAAGGCCAUGAUGAGAAGUUGUAUUUUGUAUUUUUGAAUAUUUUCAGUUUACCUCUCCACAUAUGAAUUGGCGACUAGGAACAUGUCCAUUCACCCGUGCCCGUGCCUUUGGAGAUUCUUGUAACGGCCUCACUUAUAGACAAUAGUCAGUGAUGCUCAGUGUUUCAGAACAUACUGCAGCCGCCUUCAUCUUAUGCGCUCCAUUAAAAGUUGUCCCAGAUGAAACUCAUAAAACAGCUCAGAGUGCCGGUGUAAGCCAUUUACCUUUUAUCAUUUGAUUGUGCAGAGCUGAAUGUGUACCGUGAGGGCUCGUACAGGUUUUAAUGCCUCAGACCAGUUAUUUUGAUGGCCCGCUGAUUGAUGGAUUGGAUUUACUCUGCACUCACGAAGAUUACAUCUGCCUGUAUACAGCAGUAGUAGGAGAGGUAUAUGACUGCCAGUGUAUUUCCGUUAACACUAAUGCUGAAACAAUCACCAGGAAAUAAUCAACAACAAGUCAUUGGAGUCAUUUAUCAAGGAAAAAUGCACACCAUACCCAACAAGGUGUGUGUAUGAGUUCAAUCCAUUUGAUGCCACGAAAUCCAACUCGGAGGGUAUUAUUCCACUUUAUACCAUGGCCACAUGCCAAACAACUGCUAUAGGUCUACAAAAUAAAGAUAUUAUGUAGUCAUUCAGUUCCUGAUAUCACUUCUUUUUUUUCUGACUGUUUUUAAAGUAACAACUAUUAAAAUCAGAAUAUUCAAACAAUCAUAAUAUAAAAAAUAUAUACAAUCCGCUUUGCAACACAAGCAUAUUUCCCAUUCCAAGAAUAUUUUUCACUGAUUGCACUCAAAUCGCAAAGCAACACGGUCAAUUCUUAAGAAUUCAAAACAGCAGUUAAAUACUUUUUGAGGGGUGAAUAGCUAUUCCUAAUCACUUUAACAAAAGUUUCAAACAAAAAUUAAAUGUUCCAAGAUGUACCUAUUGGCUCUCAACCUCAAAUAUUUCAGCAAACAGUUUGGAUUAUCAUAAUUUAUGUUCUUUAACUGCAAUCCGACACCUUUGGUUAUGUCAACUGAACAAACUCAACUGAGUAAACUUCAAUUUAUUUUGAAAACCGUGAUGUGGUUAAAAGAUUCUUAAGGUGUUACAUUUACCUUGAGUUAGGAUUAGCUUUUCAAAAGACUUUAGUACUGUUGCAUUUGUUUAUCAUGGCAAACAAACCCCUCUGUUUUGUUUGUGAUGCCCCCGUUACUAGACCUUUCGCCAAUCAGGAUCCAGAAUUAUCCGUGGCCGUGGUAUGCAUGUGAUAACAUAUUUGGGUUUUGGACUGUUGGUCAGACGAAAGAAGACCUGUUUGAAAACAUCUCCUUGGGUUCUGGGAAAUUGUGAUGCUCACUUUUCUUAAUUUUUUGACAUUUUAUAGAAAAAUCGAUUAAUAAAUAAUCAUUAGUUGGAGCCCUAGUUUACAUCCAUCUGGGCGACACACAGUAGCCGUGCCAGUCAUUGUGCAUAAUCAGCCAUCGCAGUCAAGAUGAGGAGGGAUUUAAAGUGCUGCCAAUUGUGCCAGUCUGAUCAUUAAAAUCUAGCCACCAGCUUAGACAUUAUUUGGCAAAAUGUAUGGUCAGCUGUGUUUUAAUACUUUGUGAAUCUGUCCUUUCUUGUCAGUUGUAUUGGCUUUUUUAUGUGGUAUGUGUUGUCAUUGUUUCCUUUAUGUAUUUCAGCAAAACCCUCACUGCUCAGGUAUUCAGACCUGCUUACCCCUACAGUACAUUUCAAUAGCCCUAAAGUGGCAGGAACAGAUACAGUAUAUCAGUUACCUGUCAGCACACAACACAAGGGUCCAUUUAACAGACUGACUUGACGAAUGGAAAGCCUGAUAUGCGCCAUGAUUUAGCAGACAUUAAAACAUCUUAAUGAAUUAGAGCACGCCUGAGGGGCUCCUGUGGGAAAGGGCAUAGGAGUAAUGGUACUAAUGACACCCACACAAGACAAAUGUAUCAGGAUUUAGGGAGGACUAAAUCAGGACAAUCCCAUCAAGAUGACACCAGGAAGAUUCAAGGGUGUGUGUGUGUGUGGUUAUUAGCCUACACUACGGUGUGUUUGCAAGAAAUCUCUGCUGGGGGAAUAUAAUUUAAACUAAUUUCUUGUACUUAACCCUGGUUCAGCGCUUUGGGCAUGAAGCAUGUGGACAUUCAAAUAGAGUAAUUCAAGGUCAGCACGGGCAAUAUGAUAUAUUGUAAUUAAAAUCAAAUUACAAUGAAAGCCAGUGCAAAGGAACAAAUGGAACCGAGCUUCAUAAUCCAGAAGGCCAUGUCAGGUACAAGUCUGUUUUCAAUGUGUAGACAAAAUGCUUUCUCCCCACGAUGAGUGUUGAAGACUUUCUGAAAGCGCUCUUUGAAUCCUGUUAUGUUGUUUUUGUGGCUUUACGUGUGGUUAAUCUGUACACAUUCUUUCAUUACAGAAUGUCAUUGUUAGGCUAACAAAUGUUUACACAGGAAAUGCAUCUUUUUGGCUGAUUUAUUGAUUAUAUGAACUGAAAAAGACAACCUUACGCAUUGUAUGAACUUGUGUCUUGGGUACAUAGAAGCAUUGCCAACCUCUUUGUUUUUGUAACGUAUCAGUACUGUGGAGAUGUUUUGAUUUGGACUUUGAUUUUUUCUUUUUUUUAAUGUUUGAUAUUGUUCCUGAUUGUUUCUUUUAUUUUGUUUCUUCCAAAGAUUCUGCACAAAGGUCAAGUGUUGCUUUAGAAUAACAAUUAAGAGCCAGUGCGAUGAGAUCUGGAUUGCCUGCAUACAGUAAACAGUACAUACUGUAUGUAUUUUGUUGUGAUUUGAAGCAACGCCCCCAACUGCGAGACCAAACCAUGGUGUCCUACUUCUAAUUGUAAUUGUCUUUCCAACCCACAAUCUGAAAUAUACAUGAGCAGAGAGAGAGACAUUUCUAAGCAGCUGCUAUCACACACAGCCUUUUGGUGCAAUGACACAAACACUACCUGUUACAAGGUAGUCAACCAGUGCACAGUAGAUAAUACAAGUAGUGUUAUCUACUUGUACUUCUUUUUAUAAUAUUACAACUUUACAAUUUUCUUGCUACUAUCAAGAUCAGAAAAGGCUGAAUUCAUUGAAAAUAAAUGAGUUAGCCAAACAUUUGUAAUUGGAUAAAGAGUGUUGGAGAAAUACAAUUAGAGCUCUGGGUGACAACGCUUGGCCUUUCUGUUGUGACUCCUCAGUAUUUUGAUGUCCAGGUGAUCUCCGUGAGAUCGUGGCAGUAACAUUUUCACAUUGAAAAGUCAUCAGCUGAUCUUGAUAUGCUGAAGCUGUGCAUGUAUGAUAUUGUUUGGUGCAUUUGUGUUUUCUAAAUGAGGGAGUUAAUAAAAACAAUUCACUGAG